UCACCCCCAAAACCCCCAAGCCGCCACCACCCUCUCACUUUAUCGCCACCGCCCCUGCUUUCCCAAACCUCACACCAAGCAGCGACCAGCAGCAGCAGUGGCAGUAGUAGUGUAGGUGGGCAGAAUGAAGCUUGAGACGGCCGCCACCGUUGCUCUCCUCCUCGUCCUCCUCCUGGCGCCGCCUUCGCUCCGUGUCUCCAUGGCUGGAUCAGCGUUCUGCGACGGCAAGUGCGGGGUGAGGUGCUCCAAGGCGAGCCGGCACGACGACUGCCUCAAGUACUGCGGGAUCUGCUGCGCCAGCUGCAACUGCGUGCCGUCCGGCACCGCGGGCCACAAGGACGAGUGCCCCUGCUACCGCGACAUGACCACCGGCCACGGCAACCGCACCAGGCCCAAGUGCCCUUAGAUGCCUCCCUCCGGAGGCACGGACCCUCUCUGCCUGCCUCUCGCCGUCACCAGCUCCAGCUGGCUGCCAUGCGUAGCAUCCGUCCAUAGACCAUGCAUGCCGCACCGUCCGUGACUCUGGAUCGGAUGGCUGUGCAUGCGUCGAUCAUGUGUACGUCUGGAGAAUGAGACACAUCUGUGUGUCCUAGCUACCGGUACUCUGCAUGCUUUCUCAAGCUUCUGCUUUCACUAGUUACUACUCUUACUACUGUGUUGCGCAUGAGAGAGGACAUGCAUGCAUGGAGAUGAUUUCGUGUUGUGUACACUGGCCGCUUGGCCAGGUGAUAAUAUAAUAAUGGUGUGUAUUAUUUAUUGUGAUAGACCCUUGGCAGCUACUAGAUGAGAUGCUAGAGAUCGUGCUUA